AUGGGGGCAGCGAGGUUGGCUUGGGGCAUGGGGGGCAGCGGGGCUGGCUCGGAGCACGGGGGCAGCGGGGCUGGCUCGGGGGACAGUGGGCACGCCCGGACCUACAUCAUCCCCAUCGAGGGGACCCCGCGCCCCGUGCGCCUGCGGCAGCAAGUGUUUUUGCCGGAGGAUUUCCGGAUCUAUACCGAUGGCCGAGGGGGGCUUGCGAAAGCCGAACUGGCACAUAUCGAGCGCGACUGCUUCUACGAAGGCUACGUUGAGGGUUUCCCCGUUUCGCUCGUGGCACUUAGCACCUGCUCCGGCCUGAGCGGGAUCCUGCAGCUCGCGAAUGCCAGCUACGGGAUCAAGCCUCUGGAGGCUGCAGCCGGGUAUCAGCACCUUGUGUACCCAAUGUGGAAUGAAAACAGAGAGAGUCGGCUGUUUGCAGAAAACAGCUCUCUUGCCUGGACUGGGGAGGUGUCACGGAAGCCAGAGGACGCAACAGCAAGUAAGCAAGCUGUCAGUAGAUCCCCUCGGUAUCUGGAAACGCACGCAGUUCUGGACAAGGCUCUGUAUGACUAUAUGGGAGCAGACAAGGAUGCCGUGACGGCCAGGAUAGUGCAGCUCUUCAGCUACGUGAACAGCAUGUUUGCUCGCCUCAAUCUGACAAUAGUACUGUCUUCUCUGGAGUUUUGGACGGAAAAGAACAAAAUCCCAACCACGGGAGAUGCCGAGGAGUUGCUGCAGAGAUUUUUGCAGUGGAAAAAUGUGCAUCGUGUGUUGCGGCUGCAGGACAUAACGUUUCUAUUUGUUUACAGGGACCAGUCCCAUUACGUGGGGGCAUCUUCUGUGAGCAAGCUGUGUCUCAGAAACCAUGCUGGAGGGGUUGCCUUGUACCGGAGGGCUAUGACGCUGGAGGCAUUUGCAGUCGUCGUGGCCCGGCUGCUGGGGCUCAGCCUGGGGAUGGGGUACGACGAUCCCAGGAGCUGUCGCUGCGCAGGAGCCGCCUGCAUAAUGCAGGCCAGCUGGGCACACUCGGCUGGCGUGAAAGCCUUCAGCAGCUGCAGCGUAAGAGACUUUCAGCGUUUUCUCGCCACUGGAGAAGGGCAGUGCCUGCUGAGGCCAGCUAUGGAUGCAGCAUAUAAAGCCCCUGUGUGCGGCAACAAAGUGGUGGAGCGGGGAGAGGCUUGUGACUGCGGUUCAGUAGAGUUUGUGAAAAGAGGCACGUUAUGUAGAAGCAGCUCCGAGGACGAGUGCGAGUUGAAGGAAUAUUGCAACGGCACCUCUGGGCAGUGCACACCCGACCUCUGGGUCAUGGACGGGCAUCCCUGCAGCAGGAACACUGCCUUCUGCUACCAGGGAGUCUGCCAGACAGCCGACAAGCAGUGUCAGAAGGUCUUCGGCCAAGGUGCCAAGAACGGGCCUUUGGCCUGCUACGAAGAAAUUAAUAGCCAAAGGGACAGAAUGGGACACUGUGGCUCCGAUCACCGUGGUUACCAGCAUUGUGCGUGGAAGGAUCUCCGAUGUGGGAAGCUCGUGUGUGAAUAUCCGAGCUCCAAGCCCUUUACCAAGGAGAAGGCUGCGGUGGUUUACGCUCGGGUGCAGAACACGCUGUGUGUAACGUUAGACUACAUGAAGCCUCCCACGGAGAGGGACCCCAUGCUGGUGAACGAUGGCACUGUCUGUGGUGACCACAAGAUCUGCCUGAACCAGCAGUGUGUGCCUGCCACUGUCCUGAACUAUAAAUGUGAGGUGAAGACAAAGUGCCACAAUCGCGGUGUCUGCAAUAACCAAGGGAGCUGCCAUUGCCAUCCUGGCUGGAAACCACCGACUUGCCAGGAGAAAGCAGGGGCGAUGGGUGGGAGUGGCAGCAGCGCGUCCGGAGAUGAUGAAGCAGACGUCGGGAGCAAGGGCUCGCUGAAGCUGUGGCUGCUUCUGACCUUCUGCCUCUUUGUGCCCAUCACCGUCGGGCUCAUCCUCAUGGCGCUAAGAAGGGGCCAAAGGCGCUGUGUCUCCACCGAGGAGCUGGAUGAAGACAAGUUGGAAGACAAGGACUCUGUGGAUGAGGAAAGGAGCGUGUCGGAUGUGUAG